UACCUACCUAACCUACAUACAUCAUGAGCAGGAUUAGGUAGGUACGGUACGGUAUACGGAAGAGAAUACGACACGUGACGCCGUCCUACAUCGGAUCGGAUCGGAUCGGCCGCUAUUAUUAGGUAGGUACUUUGUUGGAGUUGGAGGGGAAUGAAUGUAAAGUGAACGCUUUACCUAUCUCAAGUUUGAUAUUCAGCUUCAACUUGUACUUACACCGGCUUCCCACUCUAUACCCCCUCGCUACCCCCAUUCACCAUGUCUUUGAAGCUCCACGAACUUACAGACGAUGAAGACUUCAAGGCCAUAAACGCCGCAGAACACGAGGCCUACAGUAACCCGUUCAAUGGCGUCUUUGAACUCACCAAAGGCACCUCGCCCGAAGAGGCUUGUGCCCGUCAACUAGUCUGGCAUAAGAUACAGCCUGGGAGUCAUUGGGUCUAUGUUACCGACGAGUGUACUGGCCAAGUAAUUGGGGGUACGCGAUAUAUUAUUUACGAGACAAAUCCAUACGCUGUCGAACAGCCCGCACGGAAGGCUUCUUGGCUACCUGAAGGUCCCCUAAGACAGGUCGGGGAUCAUCUCCUCGCCUGCCUAGGAAAACAUCGCCCAGUCAUUAUGAACAAGCCGCACAUAUUGAUAUCACUAUGCUUUGUGCAUUCAGCGCAUAGGAAGCGGGGCGCCGCAAGUUUGAUGCUGGAGUGGGGGACGCGAAAAGCAGAUGAGCUCGGCCUGGAAUCUUUCGUCGAAUCUACCGAGAUGGCCCGCCGCACGUACGAAAAGCAAGGGUUUUACGUUAUUGGCGAUUUCUACCUGGACGCCCAAGAAGAGAAUCCGAGCAAGGAAUUCAUUGCGGAGAGAGAAAGGCUCGAGUGUCCUAUCCAUGGGUUCAUCAUGAAGAGGGAUGCAAGGGAUUCGAGGGAUGCGAAAUCUACCCAAUAGAAUAUAGAUAUAGAAUUACAGAUAUCCGGUGCUUGAUUGAAAUUAAACACGCCAUACUGUUACAUUCUGGCUCUUCCUACCCCAAGUCCCA